AUGAGUCGUGGUAUAGGAUUGCUGCUAGACACUGUUUCUCCGGCAGCGUUCGUGCUUUAUAGCACCAUCUGUCUCGCUGUAUGGUCUUACAAAGCCAACGGCAUGUCACUUCGCAUUCGUCACCUCAUAACAUCCGGCGAUGGUGCUAUUACGCCUCCUGACCUCAGCGCUCCCAAGCAGCCCGAUAACGAGGAAACUCACAGGGUGCAUGAGACAAUGGACGCUGCUUGGUCCACGAAGUGA